UUUAUCAAUGGAGAUGAGCCCAAAACCAGAGCCUGAUCAAUCGUAAGCCCAAAUACCCAAAAGCUCAACCACCUGAAGCAGCUGCAGAGCUCCGAAAAUCAAAGCCAGAACACAGAGGGAGAGAGGGAGAGAGGGAGAGAGCAAUCUAGAAGUGCGAGAGGAAAAUGGGGCGGAAGAAAGGAGUGGUGGACUUCGACGAGUCGCCGCCGGACGACUUUGAUCCGGCGAAUCCGUACAAGGACCCGGUGGCGAUGCUUGAGAUGAGGGAGCACUUGGUGCGGGAGAAGUGGAUCGACAUCGAGAAGGCCAAGAUCAUCAGGGAGAAGCUCCGAUGGUGCUACCGCAUCGAAGGCGUCAACCACCUCCAGAAGUGCCGCCACCUCGUCCACCAGUACCUCGAGUCCACUCGCGGCAUCGGUUGGGGGAAGGACCACCGUCCUUACGAGUUCCAUGGUCCGAAGCCGGAGCCGGUGGAGUCCGAGUGAUCGGUUUCAGGUGGGUAAGUUUGGGCUGCAGUGAAAUGCAGAAAAAUGGGGGGAAGUUGGGGAUCACCUACAUCACGAUUUCAUUGCAUUGUUGAUAUUCUGUUAUCAUCUCCGGACUUUGUGAAACCAUUCUUAUCUUUUCUUUGUCGUUACAGAUUUCCGGCCAGAUUUCAGGCUUCGACUUUUCACUAGAUUAUCUUGCUUGUUAGCUUCCAAAAAUUGACGGUGAUUUGAACUAGGCCUCUGCCUAGAUAAAAGAAUAAGUUUCUUUGUCAUUGGUCAUGUAUGGAUGAUGUAUCAUAAAUCUUUUGCAUUGUUCAAGUGCUAAGGAAAAACAGUUGCUAAUUCUCCAAA